AUGGAGUUGAGCGAUCUGUUCAAUCUUUCACCCUCAGCCGAUGCUCUCGCCAACCACAUCCAAAUACUUUCCGCUCUUGCAUCCGUGCGAGAUGUAGUGCCACAAAUCAAAGCUUAUCCAGAUGCUGUCUACUUCAACUACUUUCAACUCGGUAUCAGCUUGCUGUUCUCACCAAAAAACGGCUACAAACCAACUACUGGCACUACUCGCUCUGAACUCAGAGAGAAAGACCUUGCGCUCGAAAGCAUUGACAUAUACAACGUUCCUAAACUUUCUCCAUCUUCAUCCAAGGGUGGCUCUACGCGCAAAUCAGAGCUGGCGUUCGCGACGUAUCCAGGAAUCCCAUUUUCCAUCAAGCUUGCCCAAGUUGAAGGGAGAACACAAUCGACCUUCAAAGUGGGUGAACAGACAACGGGUAAAGAGUUUGUAGAGUGUUUGGGGGAACCAGCACGCAAAGGAGGAGGUGCAGGACCAUCAUCGGGAUCCAUUGGAAUUUGGUGUGAAUGGACUGCAGACGGAAUGAUGGUCGAGUUUGGGGGCAUUGAAGCUACUGCGCUCAGCGGUGAGACGGAUUCGAUUCUCAGCCUUCAGGGUGUUGGAUGGAUCAAGCGCAAGGCCAUCCAAUUGGGUACUAUCACCCUCUUCGUCAAGCAUUACAAGGAUGACAAGGGUGAAGAGCACAUCGACAUUGACCAGGCAAGUCAGCCUUCAAUGAUUAACCCCCAACAGAACUCAAUAUUCUUUAGACUGUCACUGGCGGAAUCCCAGGAACCAGAGAAGAGCGUCAUCUCACUUGGCAAGAACGCCAACACAGUGAUCAUCUGUUUGGCCAUGCGUGUUCAAAUUUCAGAGCUUGAAGAGGAAUUCUUGAAGGAUGGAUGGACCGCCGACACAAUCGAGCAUGGUCUUGUAGAGUCCCAUGUCGCAAGUGAUACCCCCAAGAGCGGCACUUCCUGGAUCGCCCACCAGACUUGGGGUAUGCAGGAAAUCAAUGGGGAACGCCGCUACACCAGACACGUCAAGUUCACAGGACCCAAGGGCGAGGACAUUGAACGCCUCAUUGUCUUCGACUAUUUGGGUCCUUUGUAA